CAAUACUCCCCGCUAGUGCAGGAGCUUCUAAAAACCGAACUGAACCGAGCCGAGUCGGUCCAAACUGAGUGGGACCUGGGAGUUCGGGUAGUAGUCUGUGUGAGCUCUGCUCCAGGACCAGCGGACUGCUUUUGAGUGGGUGGGCGGGUAAAGUGCGCUUGUCUGAGGAGGCGGAGCGGCCCGAAGGGUCGGAACGUCCUUCUGAAACGGUUCUCACUCACUCUCAGAAAACAAUUCAGGACCAAAUAAGUUAGCAAAGUGUGGCGCGGGCACUUUGCAAAAGAGUUUAGCUUUUAAAACCGCUCGAAGAAAACUUUUUUCCAAACCUGGGAUAAGUGAGCAAGCGAGAGCAACGACGCCGAGGUGGGCCAGUUGAUCCAGGGAGAGGGAUUUAUUUUCCUUCUGCAUUCCUGAUGGAGUCGUACAGAGUGUCUGGCAUUCCUAGCAGUGGACCACAGCGGGGCUACGCUCAGCCAUCCCGCCCUUCCAAGCCACACAGUAAUGGAGCUGGAACAUAUGGUCUCAGCAUCCGAGUCCAAGGUAUAGAUGGACACCCCUUUGUGGUUCUCAACAACCAGGAUGGGGGUCCCCAGACUUAUAUGGACCCCAGAGGUAAUGGCUACGUCGACACAGAAGACUCUUUUAUCAACAGCUACGAUGAGUAUGACUUUAGACGUGGCAAAGAGGCUGAAUCUAACAGCCCCUUUGUGGAGUACAGGACUCAGAAGAUGUUGCAUUAUACUGGUCCCCAAAAUGGUGUCACAGAAUCCCAAGGAAAGAAACCAUCCUCCCUUCUGAACUUCCAGAAGCACCCUGAGAUACUACAGCCGUAUGAUCCAGAGACCAACUCCCUGAACCUUGAGGGUUUCAACAGCCUUCCUGCAAGGCCUGACACUGGGAGCCAGCCCCAGAGUUGGUCCCCAAGAUCUGCAGCAUCUCACCGUAGGGCAUCAAGCCUUGACCGGAAAAAAGAUGCCACACCACUUGAGAACAGACAACCUACAUCCCAAAGUGUGAAUGAGGCAGGCUUUCCUAAGCUGAAGCCACAGCUCACUCAGCCUCAGAGCAGGCCACAGUCACAACUGUCCCAGCCACAGAUCAAAGCUCCUCUUACCACCCUGAAUCCAGCUCAACCCAAGCUGACCUCUAAAACUCCACAUCAACCAGUUCCUCCAGCCCAGCCUCAGCCCUCCACUGUGUCGAGCCCUAGGAGCAGCACCACCUCCAGCCUUGAGCACACCCAUCGUGAGCCUGAUGUCCUUCCCCUGCGCAGGACUGAUUCCAGCGAGCCAAUUCUUCAGCCUUCUUCCCGCUCCCGCCACUCCUCCUCAUCUUCCACCUCUAAGACGCCAAUGGAUGAACAGAUGGAGGCCCUUUAUGCAGACACCAUAAACCGUCACGAGAAUCGUCGCUACAUCCCUUUUAUGCCUGGUUCAGGCAGAGAUAUUGACACAGGCCCUAUACCCGGUGUUGAUGAGCUCAUUGAGAAGUUUGAUGGCAAAGAUGGCACUCAGCGCAGAGGCAGGGCGGGGCGCAGAAACAGGAUCAAUCCAGAGGACAGGAAGCGCUCACGAAGUGUUGAUAGUGCCCUCGGCCUGCGAAAUAGCUCUAGCUACACGGAGCUACAUCGAGGCACAUCCAAGGAGCAUGUCCUGCUUCCCUCACAGCUGAGGAUGCAGAAAUCAACUGGCAGUCAGGACUCCUGGCUCGUAGAUCACGUUGACUCCAGAUCUCAUGCCACCAGUGCACCUGGCUCCCCACAGAACACCAUCUCUAAAGCUGUUGGCUCUAUACAGGGUUACAAAAACCCUCAGACUCGGUCCUCUUCUCUACCGUUUAAGAGUAAAGCGAGUGAGGACAGUGAAAAGGUUUUAACAUCUUCACUGUCAUCCUCAUUAUCCAGGCCAUCUUCUUUAGCAAACAAAAAGCCCGGGACAGAGGCGGAUGUACAGGCAACACCUGAUCUCCUGAAAGGUCAGCAGGAGCUGUCACAACAAACAAAUGAAGAGACAGCAAAACAGAUUUUGUUCAGUUACCUUAAAGAUGGGAGCAAUGAUAAUGACGAGAUGACGAAGAAAAAGGUCAACCUUGUCUUUGAGAAGAUACAGACAUUGAAGUCUCGGGCCACUGCAAGUGCGCAAGGCGACAACAAAGCUCAGGAUCUUGCUGCUCAGACCAAAGCUCUGCAGGAGCAAAAUGCUGAACUGGAGAAAGAAAUGUCUGAACUGAAAAGACAACUAGAGGAACUAAGCAUGAAAAAUCAGGCUGACAAAAGGACGGCUGCAGAUUUGAAGGAGCUGCAGGAGAAGCUACAGCAGAGCAUGGAAGAGUGCAAGCAACUGAAGGCAAAACUUGCCAAAACAGAAGCUGACCUACAGACCACAGUGGAAGAGCUUUUCCAGGUGAAGAUGGAAAGGGAGCAACACCAGACAGAGAUCAGAGACCUGCAGGACCAGCUGUCAGAGAUGCAUGAUGAACUCGACUCAGCCAAGAAGUCUGCUGCUGAUGGAGAGAAAGACAUGCUUAUGGUGGAGAUGAUGCAGCUCAAGGUGGAAAUGCAGGAAGCUAUCCUAGCCAAAGAGGAACAGGAGGAGGUGCUGAGGAGGCGAGAAAGGGAGCUAACGGCUCUGAAAGGAGCUCUGAAGGAAGAGGUGGCCGCUCAUGAUCAGGAGCUGGAUAAAAUGAAGGAGCAGUACGAGAAGGAAAUAAGCAAGCUGCAGACAUCUUUGGAGGAGGCCAAGCAGAGCAGCGCCACAGUGGUGCAAGAGAAGGCAGAAGUGGAGGCAGCCAAGGGUGUAGCAGAGGGCCAAGCAGGACGACUGACUCAAGAAGUCGAGAGACUCCGCAGACGGGCGCAGGAGCUGGAAAAUGAGGUGGCCAAACUAAACCGAAUUAUUGACGAAGCCAAGCUGCAGGAGAGCAGGCUGGGGGAUAAAGUUGGUCGACUGGAGAGAGAGAAAAAGCAACUUGAAGAAUCUCUAUCCGAAAUUAAGGAGCAAGAAGAGGAGAUGUCACGUGCAAACAGAGCGUUGACCAUCCGACUUGAGGAUGUGCAGAGAAACUUUACCAAACUGAGCAAUGAACACAAGGAUUUGGAGGAGAGGUUUCAAGAAGAGAGAAAUCAGAAGGAGCAGUUAAAGAGCAUGAAGAAUGACAUAGAGGAUGAAAGAAGGCUGCUGGAUCGUACAGUGGAAAAACUUCAGAAAGAGAUGAACAACAUCGUGGAGGCAUCCCAGUCGUCCACUCGGGAGCUUCAGGAGCAGAUUGAUAUUUAUAAGGAGAAGAACCGCCGGGAGCUGGCAGAGCUGCAGAAGCUUCUCAAAGAGCGAGGACAGGAGUUGGAGAAGUACCUGGUGACUACCAAAACCCUACAAGAUGAGUUGUUGCGCCGGGAGGAGGAAGUGCGACAGUCUCAGAGGGAACGAGAUGAGGCCUUGGUUAAGGAGAAUACGCUGGAGAAAAGAGUUCGUGAUCUUGAAGCGGAGGCUGAGAAAAACGCCUUGUCUAAAGAGGAAAAAUCCAGACACGUCAAGCUCAUGGAGGAGAGGAUUGCUCAGCUGGAGAUGAACCUUGAAGAGGAGCGUCAAAGUGGAGACAAUCUGAUGGACAGGAUAGACCGAGGAAGAGAGCAGGUGGAGCAGAUGAGGAAUGAACUCCUGCAGGAGAGGGCUAGCAGACAGGACCUGGAGUGUGACAAGAUUGCUCUGGAGAGACAGAAUAAGGAUCUGAAGGCCAGAGUGAGUCAUCUAGAAGGCUCCCAGAAGUCCAACAGAGAGGGCCAGGUACCUCAGCUGGAGGAGCGCAUACAUGAGCUGGAGGAGAGGCUGGAGGCGGAAGAGAGGGAGCGAGCUAACCUGCAGCUGGUGAACCGCAGACUGGAGAGGAAGGUAAAAGAGAUGAUGAUGCAAGUUGAGGAAGAACAUCAAUCAAUGCAAGAUCAAAAGGACCAAUUAAAUCUGCGUCUGAAGGCGCUGAAGAGACAGAUGGACGAGGCCGAGGAGGAAAUUGACCGACUUGAGCACACCAAGAAGAAGCUGCAGAGAGACUUCGAUGAGCAGCAGGAGGCCAACGAGCAGCUCCAGAGUCAGCUCAAAGCUCUGCGAAGCGAGUUGAGACGCAAGAACUCGCCUGCUUCGCUGCUCAGCAAUCUGGAUGACGACGAAGACGAUGACAUCAGCACCGACGGGGAGACGUACUUCAGCUCUUCCUCGGGGUACAAGCGCUCUUCGAGUCAGGACAACCUCUUAUCGACCUUCUCUUUAUAAACAAACUCUGAGGCUGGAAAUAAAGCUGCUUUAUGUGUAACACUGUCGCACCAAACGGCUGGAGAGCUCCUGCUCCUGUAUACACUGAGCUAUCCGUGUGAAUAUUAAGAGACUUUCCAGCUAGGUGAGAUAAAUAAAAUCCUCACUUCAGCAGCUUCAACGUCCAUGAAUUCACUCUAUUUUUACUCUAUUUUAUUUCACUCUAUCUUAUUAGAGCAGUUCUUUGAUUAAUUGGUGAAAUCACAAAGGCAAUGAUGUUUUGUCGUGUCCAGUGAAAAUGUAUGUAAAUGCUGUUUUAAAUUGUUCAUUUUAUAUUCCUGUGUUAAGUCUCAUCUUCCAACAUUGUUCUUUCAACUCCGAGUAGAUGUUCCUUUAAUGGGUUAAACAUGCUUGUCAAUGAUUAUUCCACCAUUGAAUGCACUGUAAACCAGUGCAACCUGUACUGCCUUUGUAACCGAUAUCCAGUCUUUACCCCUUCCUUUUUAAUCUAAUGUCACACAAUAUCUGAACAUGCAUUUUAUUUUUAUCACUGAGUUAAAAGAAAAACAUUUGCCUUUUUUUAAUGAAUGGAAAUCAAGGGUAUAUGAAGUGAAAUGUGCCAGGAUGUUUUUUGUUUUGUUUUGUUUUUUUUAAGUUAUUUGUAGCUAUAAAUACAAAAUCUCCUCUCAGUAAGAGUUAUUUUUUUUGUUUUUUUGGUAACAGUAAAUGAGGGACUUUGUAUGCAUCCAUUUUUAUACAGUUUUAUAUCAUCUAAUGAGCCUUAAAAUGAUAAGUUUGUAAUCAACAUUCAUAACGCAGGUUUCUUCUGACAUUAGUGACAUCACAGUGUUACUCACACAUCUUCUGGAAGAUGCUUUUCUGUCUUAACUUGAUUCUUCUAGCAUCUCCGAACAAAGCUGCACACAUUAAAGCUGUUUUAUACUGGAAACGCUUUGAUUUAAAACAUGUCUAAACUCGUACCUGUCUGUGAUGAGCUGUGCCCGCUGUGUACAUCAGCAGUGCCUGUAAGGACCACGCGAGGACCUUAUGGGUCCUCCUUGGACCGAAUCAGGGAAUUUCUUCAGAUAAACUGACAAUCAAUGUUUUGCUGCACUGUGAUGAUUUGCACUCUGUGAGAGGGAGAGUGGAUGAGCGAGACAAAUUCCUGCCACUACCUCUCUCUGUACACAACAUAAAUCCUGCUGAAGCUAAAAUAAACUUCAUUUCAGUUACUCUCA